GGGAAUUCGGGGCUGUUCAUUCACUCUCUACUGGAACCCCAGACACCCCAAGGAGGAAAGGGUUUCAUUUCGUGCGAGGGGUCGGAGAGAGGGGACGAUGGCGAAGAAGGGAGAAGCGGUGGAGGAGCUUCCGAAGGCCGUGAUACGCCGCAUUGUGAAGGAUAAGCUGUCGCAGUUGGCCUCCGCCGCCACCUCCGAUGGCGGUGGAGGAGAGGAGAUGACGGUGAACAAGGACGCGUUGGUCGCCUUCACCGAGAGCGCUCGUAUCUUCAUCCACUACCUCUCCGCCACGGCAAACGACGUCUGCAAGGAAUUGGGGAGGCAGACGAUCAAUGCCGAGGAUGUCCUUAGAGCAGUGGAGGAAAUUGAGUUCCCUGAAUUCAUUGCUCCUCUUAGGGCUUCUUGGGAAGAGUUCAGAAAGAAAACUGCAGUAAAAAAAUCUGGGGUGAAAGCAAAAGAAACAGAUAAGAAGAGGAAAUUAGAGGAAGAAUUGCCUUCAAAGGGAGGGAAGAACGGCGUGGAAGAUGCUGAGGAAGAAAAUGAUGAUGCUGAGCCUGAUGAUGAUUAACAAAUUUAUACUUCAAACUUUUCAUUGUCUUCUAGAUUAUCGAAUCCUUUCUUCUUUGUAAAAUUUGUCUUCUUUCAGUGUUAUCUGUGAGCAUUAUUUCAAAGUUGGCUUUCUCCAAAAUCAGUACAGAUUAUCUCAAGAAAAAGAUAAAGAAAACAUUGAAGCUUAUAUUUGGUGUGUAACGAACUUAUGGGUCUUCUGGUCACUAAAUCUGUGUUUCUCUAAACUUGUUCCAGCAGGUUUUUCAUGUAAGCUGUGAUGUUUUCCUGAUGCUUUUAAGUUAUGCUGUAUAUUAUAUUUACUUUAGUAUACUGUUUA